AUGUACUUACCUUACACUGCAGCAUUUAUUCUCCUGCUCUCUUUCUUUUCGCCUGCGCUCUCCAUUGGGAGACCUCCGGGAAAGGAUGCGAUUCUGCUAUCCCAGGUCCAUUCUCUGACAUUGCACGCAGACCGUCUAACAACCGGACGGAGGACCUCCCCGAUCCCGCAACUGACCUGUACGGGUCCUUCCCAGAGAAUAUGCAAACUUUAUCCGAUUGAAACGAUGCGCUGCGUGAAUCAAGGCUACGAUUAUGAUGAGGAGGAUAUACAGUGGACCUGUACCGCUUCACUCCCGCCGGAGUUUAAGCUUGGAGCCACGGACGUGAUCUGCGAGGGAUAUCGGAGCCCAGAUGAUAAAUGGGUGCUCAAGGGAAGCUGCGGGGUAGAGUAUCGCCUACUUCUGACAGAGGAGGGCGAGAGGCGAUUCGGACACUUGCGUAAUGCAGACCGAUGGCGGAUCUUCGACACCGGGCUGUGGGAAACGCUCGCCAACAUCCUCUUCUUCGCCCUAUUUUUCGGCUGUGUCGCUUUCAUUUUAUCAACAUUCUGUGCAGAAUGGUUCCGCUGGUUCCGCUCCGGCCGUAAUAGACGAGGAAAUAAUGGUUGGGGAUGGGGAUGGGGAUGGGGCGGCGGCGGUGGAGGAGGUGAUGAUGAUCCACGAGGACCACCUCCCCCAUACGAUUACAACCCUGGAAGCCGAUUUAAACCACCGACUUUCGGCUCAUCGUGGACGCCAGGAUUCUGGACGGGAGCAUUGACUGGCGCCAUGGCUGGAUAUCAAAUGGGACGGAGAGGCCAAGAGCGGAACACCGUACGGGGCUGGAGGCCAGGUCCAUCCUUUCGGGGUAGUUUCUACGAUCCAGGUGAAGGUAGUUCAGGUGAACCACCGCGCUUCUCUUCAACCAGCCCCAGUACGGGAUUUGGUACUACGAGGCGGAGGUGA